CUCAGCACCACUAACUUUGCACUGAAGAACCGGUUUAUAACCCUAAGAGGCGGUGUCGUCAUCAUCGUGAUCACUAGCGAGGCCCCCGUCUUCCCGCUCCGCCCGGCGCAGCGCACCGCGGAAACGCCAACACUACCCGAGAAUCGGCGUCUGGGCUCGGCCUCAGGUGCUUCUCUGAGGCGGUCCGACGCGGAAGUCCAGGUGUUGAGGAGGAAUGGACUGUAACUGCGUGAGCGAUCUGCUGCUUCCGCCUGUGCCAACCCUGUGGACGCCAGGCAUCGCCUUCCCAGACUGGGCCUACAAGCCCGAGUCGAGCCCCGGGUCCCGGCAGAUCCAGCUGUGGCACUUCAUCCUAGAGCUGCUGCAGAAGGAGGAGUACCAUGGGGUCAUCGCCUGGCAGGGCGACUACGGGGAGUUCGUCAUCAAGGACCCAGACGAGGUGGCCCGCCUCUGGGGGAUCCGGAAAUGCAAACCUCACAUGAACUACGACAAGCUGAGCAGGGCUCUGAGGUACUACUACAACAAGCGCAUCCUUCACAAGACGAAGGGCAAGCGCUUCACCUACAAGUUUAACUUCAGCAAAGUGGUGCUGGUCAACUACCCACUGCUGGACAUGGCAAACUCCCCCUUCCUGCUGGCCCAGAACCACUUCACUAACGGGAGCUCCACAGCACCCGACUGCAGCCCGGAGGCGCUGCAGUCUCUGUUCCCCCGCCUGCCGGACUCAGGGCGGGUGGCGUCCCUAUUCGACCGCGGGGCCACGGCCCCCAGCCCAGAGGGGGACAAGCUCAGGCUGGACGCCUUCCCCUUCCUCAGCUCAGGUGCUCCGUGCUACUCCAAGCCCCCCUCUCUACUGGGGCCCUACCCCCGAAGCCCCCCCUUCGACUAUCCAUGGGGCUUCAACCCCUACCUCCCAGGGGCCUUCUCUCUCAACAACUGCCCCAAACUGCCCCCCGGCUCCCUCUACCCCUCCCACUUCUACCCCAACCCGCUGCAGAGCAGUCUCUCCGGGCUGCCGCACCCCUUCUCCUCCCUACUGCACCCGGGUGGCGAUGCGGGCGACAGGGCCGGCACGGGGCCAGCGGGGGCCACCAAUGGCACGGUGGGGGGCCCGGCAGCCAGGCUGGGGCUUCCUCCGUACCCGGUCAGCAUGUCCAUGGGCCGGACCGACCUGCUCAGCGGGGCGGGGCUCGGAGCUCGGGAGGGCUCCCCUCCCGGUGUGGGGGGGCUGGGCAUCGGGCUGGGCCUGGCGGCCGGACCCCCGGGGACGCGCCCCCAGAGCCCCUCAGAGCGGAGGGGAGGGGUGAAGCAGGACCCGGAGUCGGACUCUGACCUGGAGAUCACGGACCUGAGCGACUGCAGCUCGGACAACGAGAACGACCACGAGUUCAGCAAGGCGGCCAGGAGCCGCUCGCAGAUCAUUGUGGAGGGAAAGAAAGGGGGCAUGCUGCCACCCCUGUCCUCCUCCCUCCCGCCUCCCAUGUCCCCCCACCCCCUGAAGAGCUUGGUGCCCCUCACUCCUCCUCGGCCCUCCCUCCCCCCCUCCCUCUCCCCCUCCUUGGCUUUGCAUGAGCGGCACAGGGAGACGGAGACGCUGAAAAUGAUCCACAGCUAA